GUUAAGAACCUAACCUAAAAUAGGGCCAAAAGUGCAAAUUAGAGCGAGGUGUCACAUAUAGGAAGUAGGAACAAAGGAAAACCCUAAUUUAUCAGAGUCAUCAAUUCCAUACACUCACAGUAGGCCGUCGAGUUUCUUCCUUAAAGAGAAAUACAGAGCGUAAAGAUGAGCCGAGCAGCAGCAGCAGCAGUGAAGGGCGGGAAGAAGAAGGGUGCAAGCUUCGUCAUUGACUGUUCGAAGCCAGUAGAAGACAGUAUCAUGGAGAUUGCUUCUCUUGACAAGUUCCUUCAAGAGAGAAUUAAGGUUGGUGGAAAAGCUGGUGCUCUUGGGGAUUCAGUUACUGUCACUCGUGACAAGAACAAGAUCACCGUCACCUGCAACUCGACUUUUUCCAAGAGGUACCUCAAAUACCUUGUCAAAAAGUACUUGAAGAAAAAUAACGUCAGGGAUUGGCUUAGGGUGAUUGCUUCCAACAAGGACAGGAAUGUUUAUGAAUUGCGCUACUUCAACAUUGCUGAGAAUGAAGCAGAUGAAGAAGAUUAAACAUCGCCAUGCAAUGUCUUUCUUUAUCUUCUUCUUUAAGCGGCCUUCGUUUUUUGAUCCUUAUAUCAUCCGUUCGAGUUACUAAUGAAUCUUGUCUUCUCAUUUCUAGUUUAUUGUUUUGCAGUUUGCUUAUCAGUAAAAGAAAACAUUACAUCGAUACUUUGGUUUGUUUAUCUUUGGGGCUAAUUAU